CCGGGGAAGGAGUUCCUUGCAACUCCUUCUCUGUGCGCCCUGCUGCGCACGCUUUCUGAGCCUUGGGUAGCUCGGAGGGGGUGAUCUUGCGGGGUCUUCGCGGGACAUGAGCCCCCCACACCGUCCCCAUCGCCCGGCGAGCAAGGGGCCGGAUGGACCAGGCAUUUGCAGCCGCCCUUGACGCCUAUGAGCCGGCAGUGCCUGCGCGGCCUGCUUGUGUUUACACCAGCUGCUACUGUGAGGAAAAUGUGUGGAAGCUUUGCGAAUACGUCCGGAGCCAGAAUCAAUACCCAUUGGAAGAAUUUUAUGCUGUUUUCAUUUCCAAUGACAGAAGGAUGGUACCACUUUGGAAGCAGAAGUCGAGUUGUGGAAAUCAGCCAGUGAUUUGGGAUUAUCAUGUUAUUUUACUUCAUGUAUCAAACGCAAACCAGAACUUUAUUUACGAUCUUGACACGGCGCUGCCUUUCCCGUGCCCUUUUGAUACUUACGUUGAAGAGGCCUUUAAAUCAGACAAUAUUCUUGAUGCAGCAUUUCGAAGAAAAGUCCGAGUGGUUCGAGCGGAUUUGUAUCUGAAGACUUUUGCUUCCGACCGGUCCCACAUGAAGGAUGCCAGUGGGGAUUGGCUAAAGCCGCCUCCCCCGUACCCAUGCAUUGAAACUGCAGACUUCAAGAUGAACCUGGACGAUUUCAUCAGUAUGAGUCCAGAUGUUGGAUCAGGGUCCGUAUUGCCGCUUUCCGAAUUCGUACAUGGGUUUGGCAGCCAAAGCUGAAUGCAGUUCGCAGUGGACAGUGAAAUCAUUCCAGUUGAAGCACUGCUUUGAGGACAUUUGCCAGUCUAUUUAUUGAUCUUCGUUUGUUUGAAAUUGGGAUAUAAUUUGUUUCAUUUUUUUGGAAAUAAAAAGAAUAUGUUAAACUAAAAA